GCAGGUGGCUAAGGGUGACGCCGCGGGCAUGGCUGCUGUGGUCACCAGCGGAGGGACGUGUCGGGCUGUCCGGUAACCUCGGUCGGUGCUUAGAGAGCGAAGCAGCUGCAUCAUUAGCAUUCGUACCCACGAGGAGGCUCAGCGGGCCCUCGGAGAGAGCGAGCGUUGCGGCCAUGGCGUAUCAUUCGGGCUACGGAGCCCACGGCUCCAAGCACAGGGCCCGGACAGCUCCGGAUUCUCCUCCCCUCUUCGAUGACACAAGCGGUGGUUACUCCGGCCAGCCAGGGGGAUACCCAGCCUCAGGAGCUGAGGUGGCCUUCAAUGUCAACCACCUGCUGGGGGACCCAAUGGCCAACAUGGCUAUGGCCUAUGGCAGCUCCAUCGCAUCCCAUGGGAAGGACAUGGUGCACAAGGAGCUGCACCGUUUUGUGUCUGUGGACAAACUCAAGUAUUUUUUCGCUGUGGACACAGCUUAUGUGGCCAAGAAGCUAGGGCUACUGGUCUUCCCCUACACACACCAGAACUGGGAAGUCCGGUACAGCCGUGAUGUGCCUCUGCCCCCGCGGCAAGACCUCAACGCCCCCGACCUCUAUAUCCCCACAAUGGCUUUCAUCACCUACGUGCUGCUGGCUGGGAUGGCACUGGGCAUUCAGAAAAGGUUCUCCCCGGAGGUUCUGGGCCUGUGUGCCAGCACGGCACUGGUAUGGGUCGUGAUGGAAGUGCUGGCCCUGCUCCUGGGUCUCUACCUGGCCACUGUGCGCAGUGACCUGAGCACCUUCCACCUGCUGGCCUACAGUGGCUACAAAUAUGUGGGUUUUCUCGCCACCGCCCACCUGCAGGAUGAUCCUGAGUGUGCUCACAGGGCUGCUGUUUGGCAGCGAUGGCUACUACGUGGCCCUGGCCUGGACCUCCUCUGCACUCAUGUACUUCAUCGUGCGCUCCUUGCGGACAGCAGCCCUAAGCCCCGACAGCAUGGGGGGCCCGGCACCCCGGCAGCGCCUCCAGCUCUACUUGACACUGGGGGCGGCGGCCUUCCAGCCCCUCAUCAUAUACUGGCUGACCUUCCACCUGGUCCGGUGACCCUGUUCCCCCUCUGGCACUGCUUUUUCCAUACAUUGAAGAUUUGAUUCCUUGA